AACACCCCACCCCCACUCCUGCCCUCUUCCGCACGAUUCGCCACCAGAAAUCGCCGCUGUUUCCCCGAAUACCGACUAAAAUCCCACGCUCUGGAUCGAGGCCAUUCCGGUCGGACGAGAAAAAGAUCGCAAGGACGACGGAGAAAGCGCCACCGCGGCGCUGGAAAAGGAGAGAAAUCCCACUCCCGCCAUUUUCGCACCCAGUUACCCGGAUGCAAAUCAGGACGAGGGGCUUUCAAACAAAUUAAAGUUUUAACCGAAAAAACCCAACGCGCUGACGGAGGGUUUUUAAAAACUUUUUUCCCGCGUCUACCAAGCUUUACUGUACCUAAUACAAUAGGUUUCUUUCGUUUAAAUCCGCCUACAACCAUUCAAUAAUUUUUUAAAAAUUUUUUAUUAAACCUCUUACCAUCGCUUCCAGCUUGUUGACCGCGGCCUCCAUAUUGAAUAGUUGACAUUCCGAAGGCAAACCGAUAAAGGGGGCUCUUGAACGUGAUGAUACGUGGCAUCCUAUUGGUCAGUUACGUCACGGAUUCUGUACCCCCAUUGGAUUAAAUGGAAUGCUGUCUCCUGACUGGACGAACCAUCCCCACCACCUAUUGUCGUUUAAGACGCUCCUUCCGAUUGGACGGGAACCAGACUGAUCUGUUGGAUUGGACAGCCGGGAUAAAGGCGGCCUUCCAUUGGCAUCGGAGGCACAGUACCGUAUUGGAUAGCGACCGCUGCUGCUCUCCGAUUGGUCGGAUUCGGAUAGUCCUUGUCGUUGAGAGGCGUGCCACGAUUGGUUGAGGAUGGUAGACGGCUGUCGUUCAUGAAAGGCCAGUUCCCAUUGGGUGGCUGAUAGGAGGUUUUUAAAUUUUGAAUUUGGCCGCCGUUGGGCUCUUGUCGCGCCGCUAAAUUCAGUUAUGCUCAGGUUGACUCAGCGUCGCAGGAAGUGGAAGAUCAUGAGAAAACGGCAAGCUGUGGAAAAAGCAUGGAAUAAAAGUAAGCGAUGCCUGCUUGCAAAAAACAAAAGGAAUGUCUGCAAGGCAAAGACAAUUGCUGCUGCAACAGCAGGGAAGAAAGAAGCACCAAUGUCUAAUAGCAACGCCUCCCAGCAUGAACCAGAUUCUACUGGGCUCAUUUCCUUAGUGAGUGUGAGGAAUGUGCUGAAUCCUCUUCAGGCCAUAGUUUCCUCCUUGUACAACAGGUUGCUGAACAAUAUUAAACAGGGUUUAGAAGUAAUGAAGGACACACUAUUUCCUUCUCGUGUUUACUUACGGGAGCUGAAUGCACUACGACAACAUAUUGAGGCAAUUGAGAUGAAGCUAGUACAAUUGCAAGAAAUCUGCAGAGUAAACUUGAAGUCUAAUAAUUCAAAAGCUGCUGAUGCAUGUUCUUGUCGAAAAUAUGUUGAUUUCUCACCGGGCCCUACAAAAGUACUAGUGUGGCCAGUCCAGCCAAUCAUGAGUCGUACCUUACUGCAAGAACCAUUUGGUGCACCUCCUCCCCAGCCUCCACCUCCACCACCCCCUCCUCCACUACCACCACCUUGUGUGUUUGUACAGAAACCACUGCAGAUUGAGCGGAAAACUAGGUGUGAAAAUUCUUUGCAAGCAAUCUCUAAGGAAAUUAACAGACUACCAACCAUAACCAUGAAAGAUUUGCUUAAAGUAAAACUAAAGAAGACUACCAACAGAUUUGAAAAAGAAAAGGUAAAUACACCAGGGAAGAAAAGAUCUCCUUUAGUCACAAUCUCUGAUCUACAAGGCUUUAAUUUGCAGUCAAAAGCUAAUCAACUACAGAAACCAGCGUCAAUGAUAAUAACUCCACAUAAACCUGCAGUCGAUUUUCGGCAACGUCUAAAGAAAGUUGCUAUAGAAAGGAGCCCUGGUGGAACACCUCUCCAUAAAGAAAACAGGGACACUGGAACAGGAUUAACACCAGUUAUGACACAAGCACUAAAACGGAAAUUUAAGAUGGCUCAUCCCAAAAGUCCUCCUUGUUCCUUGUCUCCGAACACCAGCUUUGAUGAGCAAAAUUCAAGCUAAUUUCGAGCAAUAAGUUUUUAGUUUUAAUACUGUAACAUUUAAUGUUUGUGUGUAUAAAAAACAUAGAUAAAUUUUAUUGAUAAAUAAUUUGCAGAUGGAUGGACCUAGCUGAAAGAGACUGUGUUGUGCUUUCCAUUACGUUUAGUCCUACUUACGUUGACUGACCAUAAAAACAAGUAUAUGUGCAGUUGCUGAACUCCUGUGGUUAACUGAUAUUGUUAAUGUAAUUGUCUUUUAGACACUAUCCCCAGAGUGUAAUUCUGCAGGCUCAAGACUCGGAAAAGGAUUGAGCAAAUUUAAGGCACAUUACAAAUGAUCCAAAAUUUUAAUAGUUUCUUUUUGAUAAAUAACUCCAUAUCAGCACCAAACAUACAUUUAUACUGUAAUCAUUAAUUGCCUGACCUGUGACACUGUCACCUCUUUAUACUAUACUGCUUUCAACCUUUUUACAAUUGCCAUUUAUUUAAUAUCUAUUAUUAUUGAAUUCCUGUGACGAAACAUACCAAUAUAGAAAUAAUCAUCUUCAGCUGUAGACUGUUGCCCUGAAGUUUGAUUUCUGCAAUUUCUUGGAGCUGAUAGAGUAUAGUGAUAUUUGAUGUUUGGUCUUUGAUCCAAUAUAAACCCAAAUGAAUCGCAGCAGUCGAAGUUUUCAGUGAGCCAAUGGACUGCAAAUCCUCUCAUCAAAUAGCACUUUAUAGCAUUGCAGAUGCUGCAAGUAUCAUCAUAGUGCACACUUGCAACUAAUAAGUAGCUGUUAAUACUUCUUAUCAUGUGAUGGGGAUAAAGCAAUCUGGAUCACAAUUUUAAGAGUUACCACUUCCACGUGAAUAGCAAUGUAAUUGGAGAAAUUUACUGGAUUAUAAAACAAUCAUAGCUCUAUCAUCUGAAAUAUUUUGCUAGUAUUAGUAUCUAUCUGCACUUCACAAUUUCUAUUAAUAUGCCAGACAUUCCCACAGCAUUACUACAAUAACCAAGUUAACCAUGAUGCGGUUAGCUGUGUAGUUUAAAGGUUUGGAUGGUCAGCUUUUCUUUAUUCAGUAAAUGGAAAGAAAGUUUGUGCGCAAAGUAUUUCUGUCUAUAUUUUGUUCCCUACCCAAGUAGUACUUACUGCAUUUACUCAUGUAAAAGUCUAGUUUUGCAGACUAAUAUUUUAACUAUAAUGAGUAAUUUUGAGGGAUUAAAAUCCACCCUGUCACCCAGGCAGCUAAGUUGGACACUUCCUGCCACCUCUAGCUAAAAAAGAAAUUUUGACUGCAGACAGGAGGAGCCGAGCAGUCACCUUCAAUGAUGCAAUAUUCAAUGUACUCGCCUGAAACCAACCAUCCCCUGGUGUUUUUGGUUAUAGUUUGGGGAAUCAGCUUAUACACAAGAUCAAUAAUUACUCAAGGAUAUAUGGUAUCUCUAUUUCAAAAGGUGUUCUAACAGAAUUUAAUGUUUUCAUAAACCUCAGCUUGAGCACUGAAAUGUAGUUGUGGGUGAUAUGUUUUUUUGGAUUCAAGUUUUCAGAUGAAGCUGCUGGAUGCAGUUCUGAAUAUGUUUUUUGUUUUUAAGUGAAUACUGCCUAAUGUUUAACUAUGUAUAUACCUACUUAUAGUGUGUUUACUUCCAUCUAUGUUUUUUAAUGUGAUGGAGUAAAUUAUCACACACUUUUCCUAAGUAAUCAGGGUAGAAUCAAAUGAUGUAUUGUUUAAUAUUAUUAACUCUGUCCUGAGCUAAGAAUUGAAAUAUUCGGUUGUUGAGAUAGGUGUUUGUCUUUCAAACAAAAAAAACGGAGAACUGCAGAUGUUGAAAUCAGAAAAACAGAAAUUGCUGGGAAAAUCCAGCACGCCUGGCAGCAUCUGUGGAGAGAAAGUAGAGUUAAUCUUUUGGGUCCGGUGACCCUUCACCAUAACAGAUUUUUUUUGUUUUGUUUUAUUACACAGUAAACAGGUACAAGUUACCCUGAACAAGCCCUUGAAUCUAUGUAUGUCUGGUGAAUGGAGAAUGCUUGCCAUCAUCCAGUAAUGUAGGAAUUACCCACAACCCAUCUCUAGAGGUUCUGCAACAGGUUUUCCUUUUUUUAAACAACUGUAUGUACUUUUAGAAACCGUUUUAACUUUUACAACUCUUACUAAUUUUCUUAAACACCCCAAAUUAUCGAUGCCUUAUAACAGUGUUAUGCAGUUUCCAGAUGUAUAUAUUGACUGCUGCUUAAAAAUCUGAUAAAGGUCUGUCAAGUUGCAUGAUAAUCUCAAAAGCAUCAAUUAUUUGUCCCAUUUAACAUGGACACAGAAUUAAAUUCUUGUAUAUCUGAUUAAUACCAUGAUAAUGGUGUUGUCAGUUUGUUUAUGUUGGUUGCCAACUACUGUACAAAAUGUUUUCAGUUUGUAAACACAUUUAAUUUAAUCACCAUUGUUGUUCGGAUUACUCUGUUUCUUGUGUGUGCAGUGCUUAACUAUGUAUGGCCCUGAAGAAAUAAUAUAAUUUUGAAGAAUUUGUGGAGAUUUCAUUACACUGAUCUCUCACUUGCUUUUCCAAAUGGAAUUCCAGUGGAUUAGAGUUCUAAGAUGCUCAAUCAAUUUAUCUACUAACAUUCAAUUUGAAUGAAGAAGUUGGAUUGUCUGUUCUGUUGAGUACAGCCUAGGAAAUGAAAAGAGCUUAUUGUGUUUUGAAUGUAAAUUUUCUGAGUGCAAGGACACUUGGUGCGCCACUCCAGUCUGGGGCCAAUGGGUGGCAUUAUCAUGGAGUCAUUUUAACUGAAAUCAUUGAGUAUUGAUCUUGUGGAUGCCACACACCACAUGGGACAGAGCAAGAGAGACAAUCCAAGCAAAAUGCUAUGCAUUACUUCAUUAUAUCAUGAAACAUUAUGAACUGUUACAAAAUGGUUUUAUAUUAAGAUCUUUGACUUUUUUUUGCCAUUUAGAAGUGGAGCUUGUGGCCAUCAUUGAUAAAGUUAUUUCAAAAAAUAGCCACGUAAAUCUAGGUUUAAAGUUUGCACUCUUCCAAGGACAAAAGUAGUUUUUAUCAUUUUUUAAACUUUUUACAUUUUUAAUGUGUUUUGAAAUGGCUUUUAUAAAAUUUUAUAUAAUAUGUUUAAUCCAGGCUAUAAACUGUAAGUGUUUUUAUUUAAUAAACAGUCAAUGAACA